AUGCACCAAUCGCCGGACUCACCGCAAAGCAAAGACCAGGGAUGGCUAUGUCAUUGGCUCGCAAUUGUGGCACUAGGGGAGCUUUACAGUAGCGACAAAGAGACUCACAUCGAUCCUCAGGACCCGUUAGGGUCAGCAACAUCUACCUUAGCAAGCAACCUUGAACCACCAGGGGCGGAGUACUAUCAUCAGUCGGUAAGCCUCCUUCAACAAGUGGCCGAGCACCCGGACGUGCAAUACAUCGAGACUCUAUGCCUUCUUGCGCUUUAUGCGUUUUCAAUGAAUCGAGUCAAUACGGCCUACAUGUAUGUCGGUGUCAGCAUGCGCGCGGCUUUGGCACUGGACUUGCAUCGAAGCCCCUAUGACUUCCUCUCAGAGAGAAUGAACCUGUCUACUGCGGAGCUUGAGCAUCAGAAGAGGCUCUUUUGGACCGUUUACUAUCAGGACCUCUUAACUACGACCACCACCGGGCGCCCAUGGGGCGUUUUGGAUGAUGAAAUUACUGUUGACUAUGCAGAUUCCAGUCGUCUUACAGGCGACGCGAUGUUGGAGUUCUUUGACGCCGAAGAUUCGAACAUCCAUCUAGAACUCAUGCGCCUGCGAAGCCAGGCGUAUUCGUCAUUAUACGGCUACGCUGGGACCGCUGUCAAUCCCUACUCAUACAUCUCCUUGUUCGACUUUGAGCUCAGCCGUCCUCUUUCGCGGCAACACUUGGACAAAAUAAGCGAGUUUCAUCAGGCCUUGCUGGGUUGGGAGAAUGAGCUUCCACCGGCUCUGAAGGUUGUCCGAGGCUGGGAUGGCUCAUGGACAAACUUGAACCGUGUGAACGCGAAUUUAUAUCUUAUCUACCACCAGGUUCGACCUGUCUGGACCAUGUUGAGGGACAAUAUCUGA